AUGGAGUUUGUCCACAGCCAUGAGGUACUGGUUAUUCAGCAUCUCCAGAACAGCUACGGAGAAUACCGCGACUUCCUCGGCCUCAUUUCAACCGUUGGCGACCCUCGAAAUAUAUUCUCUGUUUAUUUCCCUCUUUGGUUCCACCUGAGUCACAGUGUAGGCACCAAGAUGAUAUGGGCGGCUGUUUUCGGAGACUGGUUCAAUCUCAUUUUUAAAUGGAUUCUCUUUGGACAGCGUCCUUAUUGGUGGGUGCACGAAAAUCCCCCUUUCCACAAUGACUCUUCCUACCAUUUGGAGCAAUUUCACAUAACAUGUGAAACAGGGCCAGGGAGUCCAUCUGGUCAUGCCAUGGGCUCAUCGUGUGUUUGGUACGUCAUGAUUACUUCUGCUCUCAACUUUAUUCGGCCUGCUGCGAGCAUUUUUUCUAUUCUUUCACUCUGCUCUUCCAGGUUUUGGCUUCUGAGGUCCUGCUUUUGGGCUGCCUUUUGGGUCAUUCAGCUAAGUGUUUGCAUAUCCAGGGUUUUUAUUGCGACACAUUUCCCACACCAGGUCAUCCUUGGCCUUCUAGCAGGUAUGUUGGUCGCAGAGGCAUUCGAACGCAUCCCUUCAGUCUACAACGCAAGUUUGAAAGCGUACAUCCAGACCAACGUUUUCCUCUUCUCUGUCGCUGUCGGCUUCUACCUGCUGCUCACCCUGGCAGGCGUAGAUCCCUUGUGGUCAGUCACAAAAGCCAGACGGUGGUGCGCCAACCCGGACUGGAUCCAUCUCGACACCACUCCCUUCGCCGGGCUGGUGAGAAACCUGGGAGCAUUGUUCGGACUGGGCCUGGCAGUCAACUCUGAGAUGUUCAUCCAGACUUGUAAGGGCAAGACCGGCCAGAAAAUACGAUUUAAGCUCAUGUGCUUGGCCGCCACCCUCACCACCCUUCAAGUGUACGACGUUUUGAAAAUACCCACACAUACUGAGGCCCUUUUUUACAUCUUGUCUUUUUGUAAGAGCGCCUCAAUUCCACUGGUUGUCGUUUCUCUAAUUCCUUACUGUGUUCGCCUGAUGAUGGGAGACGACGACAGGAAACUUGAUUAA